UAUACAUUCUUCUAGCACAGCAACUGCAGCUCGGACAACUAGAAUUUGUCUCUCACACCGCUGCUUCUCCAGUGACGUGAUGAACGGGAGUCCUAAGAUUAGGAGAGUGUCCAUCGAGGGUAACAUCGCUGUGGGGAAGUCCACUUUCGCCAGGCUCUUACAGAAUGCGGGGGAAGACUGGGAGGUUAUACAGGAACCUGUUAGCAAAUGGCAGAACGUUGAGGACGCUACGUCACAGGUAGGUCCUGAGACUGCAGGACCAGCUCAGACAGUGAGUAAUCUGCUGCAGAUGAUGUAUCAGGAACCACAGCGCUGGUCCUACACCUUCCAGACAUUCUCCUGCAUGAGCCGCAUGCGCACUCAGCUGCAGCCCCCACCCCCCCGGCUCCUCCAGUCAACAGCUACACCUGUCCAGGUGUAUGAACGCUCCGUCUACAGUGACAGGUACAUAUUUGCCCUGAAUAUGUUUGAGUUGGGCUGUAUCAACCCCACAGAGUGGGCCGUCUAUCAGAACUGGCACUCUUUUCUGGUGGAGGAGUUUGGGCAUCGGAUACAACUGGAGGGCAUAAUUUACCUCAGAGCCCCCCCAGAGACAUGCAUGGAGCGGCUCAUGAAGAGAGGUCGUGAGGAGGAGCAGGGAGUCAAACUGGACUACCUGGAGAAACUCCACACACAGCAUGAGAACUGGCUUCUUCACAAAACCACAAAGGUCCACUUUGACCACCUGAGUCAAGUUCCUGUGUUGGUGCUAGAUGCUGGUGUGGAGUUUGAGAAGGAUCCUGAAGUACAGACUGGACUGAUUAGUCAGGUGAAGAGUUUCUUCAGUGGAUUAUAAAUUCCGGGGGAUGAGAGCAGCAGUCUGCUUUACUGGAUAAAGACAUCUUGAAUAUUUUAAACUGACAACUUUCCCAGGGUUUACA